UCCUAACCUCCUCGAAAAAGUUAAAUCACAGAAAAAAAGCACUUUUUUAGAGAGAGAGAGAGAUGCAAAGAGUGUUGUACAGUUGAAGAAGAAGUACUGAAGAAAACUCCACUUGCCAUAACUUCUUCUCAAACUAAGAUGAAGAAGAAGAGUACAACUCAUUCUCUACUCUUCUAUACUCUCAUUGUACUUGUUUCCAUUUUCUCUCUCCAUUUUCAACCAACUCACGCUGCUCCUGCAGGACCAUUGAUUAAGCAUUUGUCUUCACUCAUCAAAUGGACAAGGUCUGCCACUACUAAGACACCACACUCAGAUGGGAAUGUUCUUCAGUUUGAGAAUGGUUAUGUAGUUGAGACUGUUGUGGAAGGAAAUGAGAUUGGAGUUAUACCUUAUCGGAUCCGUGUCUCUGAAGAGGAUGGUGAACUUUUUGCUGUUGAUGAAAUUAAUAGCAACAUUGUUCGAAUUACCCCGCCACUGUCUCAAUAUAGUAGAGGAAGAUUGGUAGCUGGGUCAUUUCAGGGUUACACUGAUCAUGUGGAUGGAAAACCGAGUGAUGCUCGGUUUAAUCAUCCCAAAGGCAUAACCAUGGAUGAUAAAGGGAAUGUUUAUGUUGCUGAUACUCAGAAUCUUGCCAUCAGAAAGAUUGGAGAUGCUGGUGUGACAACCAUCGCUGGAGGAAAGUCAAAUGUUGCUGGCUACAGGGAUGGGCCUAGUGAGGAUGCUAAGUUCUCAAAUGAUUUCGAUGUGGUAUAUGUUCGACCAACCUGUUCCUUGUUGGUCAUUGAUAGAGGAAAUGCUGCUCUUCGGAAAAUUAUUCUUGACCAGGAGGACUGCGAUUACCAAUCAAGUUCAAUUUCAAGCACAGAUAUCCUUAUAGUUGUUGGUGCUGUUUUGGUUGGAUAUGCCACAUGCAUGCUUCAACAGGGAUUUGGAUCCUCUUUCUUCUCAAAAACAAGAUCAUCAGGACAGGAGUUUAAAGGGCGAGAAAGCAAUGACAAACGAAUGCCAAUCCCGGAGAGCAGUAAAGAGGAUCCUGGAUGGCCUUCUUUUGGACAACUUAUUGCCGAUCUUUCUAAGCUAUCCCUUGAAGCUUUGGCUAGUGCAUUCACUCAAUUCAUGCCCUCACAUUUCAAAUUUAACAGCCGGAAGACCGGACUAACACCGCUGAAGGAUCGUCUUGUGAUGCCAGAAGACGAAGUCCAGCCUCCAUUAGUCAAAAGGAAAACCACGCCUGUGACUGUUACCGAGAAUAGGCAAAUGCCGCAGGUACAUACUGCAACCAUUACCGAGAAAUAUUCAGAAGCAAAGCCUCCAAAAGUGAAAUCGAGCAGUUUCAAGGACCCUAGUAAGCACCGAUCUUCAAAACGAUCCGAGUAUGCUGAAUUCUAUGGUUCUGGUGAGGUUCCAUCAUCAUAUGCUAAAUCUAAGAGCCAAAAAGAACGGCCUAGACAUCGGCACCGAGAAAAGAGCGGAGAAGUUGUUUUUCCGACAAAUGGAGCUGAGGCUAAGCCUGUUGAGCCGAGGGCAGCUGUUGAUCAUAGCAAUUCAAAAUUUGAUCGUUAUAGUAUGAGGACUGGUGGGUAUGUACCAGGAGAGUCCUUCCGAUUCAACUCUCAGUAACAAGUUUUGCAUCAUAUAUUUUUCUCUAGUAUUCUGUUUUCCAUUACAUCGAAUAUGUGCACUUGCAUCUGUUUGAAGUUAGUAUGUAAUUGUAGUUGUACAAUCAUAUGUUCUGUGCUUAAUGUUGACCCAUACCGGAACACUUGUGAGUUGUGAUGAAAAUUGUAUCCCCCUGUUACGAAGCUGGGUAUGACCACAAUGGACAGAAGAACUCUCCCUCAUGAGUUUUAAAGUUGCAUUCUUAGAUUUGAAUUUGAAUUCAGGACCUUUGGUUAAGUUGAAAGAGACUCAAGUCAUCUCAUUCAAACGCUCUCGGAGUCACAAUUUUUGUUUGGCAUAUGCAUCCAGUCAAUAUCAUAGGUUUCUGUUUGCAAUGGGAAUUUUUAUGAGAUGUUUAUAGCAGUGACUUUACUCCCAGCAUGAGUAAAUGCUUUUGUAUUAACUGAGUUAUGAUAUUAUGAAUAUAUUAUGGAGGAAUACAAUGGCAUAUUUUAACUUUA